AUGCAAAUCAGUGUGCUUCUCCCCUUCCUCGCCCUUCUUCCUGCUGGAUCUUGGGCCAAGGAUAUAAUUGAUUCGUCAAAGCGCGACUCCCAGUGUAAAUGUAUUCCAGGUCAAAGCUGUUGGCCUUCCUCUUCUGAUUGGCGAGCUUUCGACGAGCAAGUCGACGGGGGCCUCAUCAAGACGCAGCCUAUCGCACAAUCCUGUUACCCUGGUCCGGCCGAGGACCUCAAGCACUGCGCCUAUGUAAACAAAAUGUGGUCUGAUCAAGACUUCCAGUCUUCAGACCCAAUUGGAAGGCCUUAUCCCCAUAACAUUACAUGCGCUCCAGUGGACUACAGCGCUGGCCAAGAGCCAACUACCUGCAGUCUGGGAUCAUCGCCCGUUUACGCCGUAAAUGCUACUACACGAUCACAAAUCAGAAAUACCCUGGCCUAUGCUCAAGAACGUAACUUGAGGCUGGUCAUCACUGGCACUGGUCAUGAUCUCCUUGGCCGCUCGGACGGCUACGGUGGGCUUGAACUGUGGUUACAUCAGUACAAGAACAAGAUCGAGUUUCGAAAGACUUUCAAGCCCAAGAGCAGCUGUGAUAAGUCUGGCUGGACGGGAAGUACCAUCACAAUUGAUGGUAACUACCAGUGGCGCGAUGUCUACAAGGUAGCCAAGGCUAACAACGUCAUUGUUGUCGGUGGUGGCUCUAUCACUCCUGGUGCCAUUGGUGGUUGGGCAUCAGGAGGUGGCCAUGGCCCAGCUACGAGAAACUACGGUCUCGGUGCUGAUCAGAUCCUCGAGGCAGAAGUAAUGCUAGCUAAUGGAAAAGUCAUUACCGUCAACCACUGCCGUAACGCUGACCUCUUCCGUGCCAUGCGUGGCGGCGGACCAGGUUACGCCAUCACCCUGAGCAGCACUGUCAAAGCCCAUCCCAAUGUCGACACUGUCACAGCUCACCACUUUGAAGUUGCGCCACUUGAGAAGACUGAGAAGAACAAAGAUCUUCUCGACGCUGUAUCUGUUUUGCUACAGAAACUUCCUGAUCUCAAUGAUGCUGGGUUCGCAGGAUACGGGUACUGGUUCCGCAACUUCCCUACCGUCUUUGUCGGCAACGCCACAUCUGGUUACUCUCACGGAUUUUGGGCCAUCGGAAAGACUCGUGAGGAAGCUGAAGCUGGUUGGGCCCCAGUUCGCAAGGCCUUGAGCAAGUUCAAGGGCCAGCUGUACAUGAGUGAGAGUUGGGCGACAUACUCCGACUACUGGUCUUUCUACGAAGCUGAGUCGGGACUGUACAAUCCCACUGGUGACACCUCAAUCCUCACCUCAAGACUGAUUGAUCGUGAGAGCGUCGAGAGCUUCGACAAUGUCCGAGAUGCUGUUGAAGUCAUCAGUGGCAAGCCUGAUGAAUUCGGCACCAACGUCAUCCUCUUCUGCUCCGGGGGGCAGGUCUUUAAGGACGCUGCAGACAAAUCCAGUGGUCUUCACCCAGCCUGGAGAAAGUCAUACUACGCCAUCGUUUCAAGCCAGGGUGUUUCCAAGACUGCGACUCCUGCUGAACGCAAGGCUGCGAAUGAUGAAGUGACUUUCGUCAAGGGUGUAGCAUCGAAGAAGCUGGCUCCCAAGACUGGAGCUUACAUGAAUGAGGGUGAUCGCAAUGACCCCGACUACCGACAGGCUUUCUACGGUAGCUUGUAUCAGACACAUUUGGCCUCAAAGAACAAGUGGGAUCCUACACAUUUGUUCUACUGUCCAACAUGUGUUGGGUCAGAAUAUUGGGUUGAGACUGCAGAUGGAGCAUUGUGCAAAGCCUAG